AUGGUGUCGGACUCGGAGCUCGUGCGGCGGCUGCAGGAGUUCUUGAGGGGGUCUGACCUCACGACGACGACCACAGCGGCCGUGCGGCGGCAGCUGGAGGCGGACUUCGGCGUGGACCUGUCGGGGAAGAAAGCGUUCAUCCGGGAGCAGGUCGAUCUCUUUCUCCAGACCCAGUUCGAGGAGGACGGCAAGGGGGACGAGGACGGGGAGAAUGCUGGCCCGAAGGAGGUAGACGAGGAGGAAGGAGGAGAGGAGGGCGGAGAAGGCGACGGGGAGCGGGAGGAAGAUGACCAGGAAGAAGAAGAGGACGACGACGAGGGGGCCAGCAAUGGCAGCAGCAAGGGAAAGAAAACGUGAGUCGCGCUUUCCUCUCUCUCGCUUCCUUCCCUUCGUCUUGCUUCUAUUUCGAGAUUCCCCGUCCUUCUAUGACGAAUUUUGUCUCUGAUUCUGUGAAAAAAAUGACUUGGUCUGUCCGUUGACCCCCCUAGGAGAGGGCAGAACGAAAUCUAGACUCAGAUUCCUACCAUUUUUCGUGGUGGGCUGUGCAGAACCAAUUUCUUUCUGUCCACGAAGAUUAGUGGUGGGGAUUCAUUAUGGCGUAUUGAAAUUUUUCACGGGAUUUCCCUGGGUCUCUUGCAUCGGAUUGGAUUGGCGGCGGUUUCUUCUAGCAAACUGAAACUCUUAGUUUAUGUCGUCGUAAUCACGUAUCUACACUGUACACGAGUGGGGGAUGGUAGCCCUGGCAACAUGUAGGUACAGAAAUCAAGAGUUUUUUCUCAAGUUAUCUUUAGCGAUAAAUUAAUUUAUAUCGGAAAAUAUCCACGAACCAUUUUUUUUCCCGCUGCCCAGUUACUUAAAAUAACGAUUCGACGAUUUUGGAUCAUGCCCUUGUUCAUGAAUUAAAAUCAGGGAUGGAUUGCAUCAGCACUACAGUUGAAUCCUCAACAUGGUCUGCCUGACGCUGGCCGAUCCUUUCUGGUUCACCGGUGCUGGCUGAUUCAUGUGAGAGAGUUGGAUUUGAUUCGGGAUUAAGGAAUGAGAAUCAGGGCCAGCACAAGGUUUUCUCAGGUUGUGUGGUUGGUUCUGGCUGGUUUCAGAGGAAGGGAACGAGGAAGAAGGAGAGAAAUUCAUAUGGUGCUCACCAUCAGUGAGCAGAUCACCAUCAUAGCCAAUUCUAUUUGUCUAUUUUAUUUUAUUUUUUGAUGAAUAAAAUGCAAUACAUGGUCAUCUCCUGUAACUGCAAUAUAUAGUCCUUCUAAAACUUCGGUCCCAGAAUUUGCAAAGUCAUCUCUGCCUUAAUAGACCUGGAAGUAAUAAAUUACGAGAUGGCAUUUGAGGUUCGUUCCUCUUCUUCUUUGCGCCCAAAAAAAAACACCAGAAUGAGAUCAAUCUUAGUUAAUUCCUGUUAGUUUCUGAUCCAAAUAGCCGUUACAUUCUUUCGUUUUUCAUUCCAAUUUUGACUUUGUUUAGAUGCAUGAAAAAUAAUCCGAGAACCCCAUGAACAGCUUAAUCAGUUUUUGUUAUAUUUUAAAUCUUCCCCACAAGUGUAGAAUCCAAAGAUUCAUUCUUUGCUAAGAAUUACUCUGAGGUUUAACCAUGAGAAUCUCUGGUUGGCUUGUGGACCGAGAAUUCCAGUUAUCUGUGACUAGUUUCACAUCGAGUGGUCAGCAAACAUACACGAACACACAAGGAUGUCAAAAUAGAAAGAUUUGUGCCUGGGGUUUUGCUUCCACUUUCAAAGAUUGUAUGCGUGCAUACUUCUAAUCUAUUGAAAUCUAGUUCCAUAGAUAUUUGGAUAAAUGAAAAAGAAUUAUGAGGAACAUGUCCCACGUUGCAAACUCCUUUAGAGACCUAGUAAGCCUUUGUGAGUUGGAAAUCAUAUGAGUGACGGGAGGAUGGGCAUUCAUCGUUGUAUUUUCUUUUUCUAGUAGCAUUCUCAUUUGCUCUGUCAUCAUGUUCCCGCUUGGGAUUCGCCCAUGUGACGAUGUUACUUUGUGAUGUAGAUCCACAAAAGGCACCAAGGAGGUUAAAAGAAGGGGUGGCGGAUUCACAAAGUUGUGUAGUCUCUCUCCACAACUUCAGACGUUUGUUGGUGCAUCCGAAUUAGCCAGAACCGAGGUGUGCAUGUUCUCAUCGUUGAUCUUAAGUCCAACCAUGCAUGAGAAAGGUUUCGAAAAAUUGGGAUUGGAUAUCUCAAACUUCAAGCCAAGUUGAUAAAGUUUGCUCGAUUGAUCAGUCUAAUUUUCCUUUGAAAAUUGUCUAUAUUUGCUUAUUUUGGAGUAUAAAUUGGAGUUGAUGGUAGCAGCCUGAUUCACAUAUCCCUAGACCCAUGUACAUGAGGACUACUGUUUCCCAAAUUAUUUUACUACUAUUGAUUGUACUUCAUCAGGUUGUGAAGCAGCUAUGGGCUUAUAUCCGCAAGCACGAUCUACAAGAGCCAACAAAUAAGAGAAAGAUAGUAUGUGAUGCGAGACUGCAGGAACUAUUUAAUGUCAAAAUCAUCGACAUGUUUCAGAUGAACAAGGCUUUGUCAAAGCAUAUAUGGCCCUUGGCUUCGGACGGUGGUAUUUCUUUUCAACUAUCUAGCUCGUUAAUUUCUCUUAUUCUUUUUAUCUGCAAGAAACCCACGUGUUGGAAAUCUUUGGUUCUCAAACACACAGAUUUUUCGACUGUAUCAUGUAAAUCUCACACCAUCAGAUUGAAUGUCAAAACUUCUCCUUGGUAUUCGUCGCAUCUGUACACCAUUUACUAUGGAGGUUAAGCUUCUAUGGGUCGUUGGAUGCUCUGGUGAGCAUCUUGUCACUGAUCAAAGUUGCAGUGUGAGCUUCUACGUGGGCCAUGUCCUGUAUUGCUUGAUGGAUAACAUCAGAAUUAGUGUGAACGAUUGCAUUUCAAUGUCCUCAAGGUCAUUCUAACUUUAUUCCUUUGCAUUUCUCCACUGUGGUUCUUCCGGGAUCACUUGAGUUUCCUGAUUUUCAUCCAAUUUCAAUUUUGCUGUUUUGAGAGUAGAGAGGCUAGCUGAAUUUAGCUGAAUGGCGAAGGGGAGUAAGAAUACUACCUUGCUCUUGAACCAGCUCAACUCUCCUUAUUUCUCAGCUUCUUCUCAUUUCUUGUGAAAACCACAGCCAUCUCUCUCUCUAUGGGGCCUGUGCAAUAAAACGUUAUUUUUUUGACAUCUGACUAUACCCACCUGUACACUGUAGCCUACAGCCUUUAUCCUUCGUCAUUUGCCUUCCAGGGAUUUUUAUUUUUUUUUCUGAAUUUAUUGUCACUCCUUAAAAGGAGUGUAUUAUUGGGGAUAUUCUCAAGAUUUGAGUCUUCUAUGUAUGAUCACUGAUGGUGUGGGCCUGGUAUUUCAUGCAUGAAUUGAUGUAUCUUCAUCUUUAGAUCUUCUGGCAUGUCACUUGAAGAAUUACUAUGUGCCCUCCUGUUGUUGAAAAAGACUAGGAGGAAGAUUAAUUACCAUCUAUCUUAUGUUCCAUAAUUGGGGAUAUAAAUGAUGGAACUUUUUUAUUAAAAAUAAAGAAGAAGAAAUGUAUGAGUUAUGAUCAUUAUGAUCAUCUUCUGGGCAUCCAGCUGCUGAUUGGAAACAAUGUUAACAGGAGAAUAACUUGAACCGUGCUCUCUGAGCAGUGUGAAGAAUAGGAAAUGCAUGUUCUUCUGAUUUAUUCCUUUAAUUCAUCAUCUUUCUGUGUCGAUCAGAAGAGGGAAUUUGGGUAUUUUUUCUACCUUGUCAUUGUAUUAGUAAUGCUCCUCUUCUAGUUUAUUCAAAAAAAAAAAAAAAAAUGUGCUGUUGUAACAUGAAAUUUGGUAAGAUAAACAAUCUUUAAAAAAAAUGAUCGAUAAUAAUCGAUAAAAAAAAAUUAUGUACUUUGCCAGAUUCCAUGUUUCGAGCAUUUAUCUGGUUCUUUUAGUCAUUUCUAUGGCUCCAUUUACAUACUCUAAAUUAGUCCAUUUCACAACACAGCAGCUCCAAGGGAGCCAAGUGAAAAGGAGAAGCGUCUAAGAAAGGAGAAAGAAGGUGAGAAGGAUGCAAUCAUUAUUAUUAUUAUUAUUAUUAUUAUUAUUAUUAUUAUUAUUAUUAUUAUUAUUAUUAUUAUUAUUAUUAUUAUUAUUAUUAUUAUUAUUAUUAUUAUUAAUUUUUCUGAUGUUCAGAUGAGGUACGCCCAAAGGACAAGCGGCGUAAGUCGGGAAAUUCAGGAUUCCUUGCUCCUCUGCCGCUGUCAGAGGCUCUCAUGAGCUUCUUUGGGACCGGAGAGAGCGCCAUGUCCCGGGCUGAUGUGGUCAAAAGGAUGUGGCAGUACAUAAAGAAGAACGACCUGCAGGUACCUGGACUCACCAUCGUUGACUUUUGCAUGCAUCCGUACAGUUGUCGGACCAAUGAAUCUCUCAUGUUUAUGCGACCGUUGGGCUGGGCUUAUAGCUGUACUUCUCUUAUCAAGCACUUUGCAUCCGCCUUAGCUCCUCCGUGAGAUCGUUGACCUGGAUGUUAUGCUAAGCAUGGUGAUUGGAGUAAUUAGGCUGCAGCUAAGGCCAGGAGUUUUUUAAAAAAUAUAUAUAUAAUAUUUAUAUGUAUGAAGAAAGCAUACUUUAGUGAACGAUUUUCGUGAGCCUUGUUCUAAUUUCAUUUAUAUUUUUUUCAUUCAGAUAUUAUGCUUGCUAGAGUAGUAUUUUAUGCUUGUUUGAUCCAUCGGAUUCAGAAAGUCGGGCAGAAAAGUCAAUCUGCCCGCUCAAGUAAGAACAGGCCGAAGAACAGCUGAGAAAAACGCAGCCGAUCCACUGAAUCACUGCUGAUGAUUGCCGCUGUCCAUCUCUGGGUUCAUGAAAUUGACCAGGGAAAUCUGUCUGACCCAGCUGAAACCAGCUUGACCCGCGGUCGUUGGGAGCUCAUCAGAGAAUCUGAGGUUUUUGUUCUUGUGUUUUCUUGAAGGAUCCGACCGACAAGAGGCGGAUCAUCUGCGACGAGAAGCUCAAGAAGCUCUUCGAGGUGGACUCCUUCAACGGAUUCACCGUCCCGAAGUUGCUGACCCCUCACUUCAUCAAGGCGGAGCAGUAG